ACAAAAUAUCUCCUGACAAUACAAUAUUGGAAAUUUACACCUUUAUAAAACUGGAACACGUACAAUUGUGAUUAUAUCUACAGUUUGAUUUCAUCUAGAGAAGUACUGAAUAGUUCAUUGUGAGGCUGUUUCCCGGUGUUACUUAGCUAUGCUCGUCCAUUUUCUUGGAGUCAUUAUUGUUUAUGCAUGCAUGAGUCUGAUGAUUUUAAAUUUGACUGAAGGAAGAAAACACAUAAAGAAUACCUAUGGGAUCUGCCUUGAGUCUCUUCAAACAGUUCAACAAGUUCCAAGCUGUCCAAAAAAUCUGAAGGAGUGGAAUAGGAGAGCGGACAUGAUGAAAUGUUCUACCGUUAUACAGUCUUGUGGGAAAAGAAGGGACUUUGUUUAUCACUGCCUCCCAAACUCCUUUUGGAACAAAACCGUAGAGGUCUGCGCUCUACGGCAUCAGAUUAUUCUAUUGGAUAUCAACUUUCCAACUACACGCACCAAAUUCAUCCGGGAUACGCCACAUUCCAGUGCACACAAAACGAUUCCAUCACAACUACAGACGCAGGAAACAUAAACACAUCUAACAAUGAAAGCUCCACCACCCUUCAUUUCACAGCUUACUGUGCCGAAUACAACGAAAAGGGACUUCGGAUUCAAACAAAUUUUGAACACUCGUGUUCCCAGGCUGAUGUGCCCUGUCCGUCUCACUACUCCUCUGACGUAUCUCACAGAUAUCAGCAGUGCUAUCAUUUAGACAAGAAAAUGCAUCAUCCAAACCGAAGUUUCCCUGAACAAGCAGGACCUGGUACCACGUCUGACGCCAAACGUUGUUCGAUGGGACUGAUGCUGUUGUCCUUACAGUUUCUACUUCUAUGGCUAUGAAUAUCCACCGAGCUCCCCACCCCUCACUACAGGGGGUCUCCACCGAGGCUCCCCAUCCCUCACUAGAGAGAGUCUCGUGUCCGUGUUCCGCACCACGUGUGUUCUACACAGCAGAAAAACUGAACCAAUGACGUCAGCUUACAGGGAAGCCAGUACCUUAGUGUGCUGGACUAAUACGGACGUGAGAAGACUGCGGUAAAACACAAGCACAAUCCGAGAGCUACGAGCAGUUGUCAACGUGAUCUGGAUUAAACUGAUAUAGAGAAGAUGAUACCGACGAUGUCCCAGUCAAGAUAUGCAAACAAAUGUUGAUAUAGUUUGAUUAGAUAAAUAAAAUAAAUUAAAGACA